CCCCGCCCCUCCCGCUUCCGCCCCGCCCUCCCCGCGGUCCUAGCGCCCACCGGAGCCCCCCCAGGGGGCCAUGGAGGAGCAGCAGGGACCCGCGGGUGGGGACGUCGGUGGUGGCACCCACGGGGACAUCCAUGGUGGCACCCACGGGGACGUCGGUGGUGGCACCCGUGGAGAUAGCGGUGGUAGAACCCAUGGGGACGUCGGUGGUGGCACCCACGGGGGUGUCCAUGGGGGAACUCAUGGAGAUACCGGUGGUAGAACCCAUGGGGACGUCGGUGGUGGCACCCACGGGGACGUCGGUGGUGGCACCCGUGGAGAUAUCAGUGGUAGAACCCAUGGGGACGUCGGUGGUGGCACCCACGGGGACGUCCGUGGUGGCACCCGUGGAGAUAGCGGUGGUAGAACCCAUGGGGACGUCAGUGGUGGCACCCGUGGGGGCGUCCAUGGGGGAACUCAUGGAGAUACCAGUGGUAGAACCCAUGGGGAUGUCGCUGGUGGCACCCACGGGGACAUCCAUGGUAGCACCCGUGGGGACAUGGGUGGUGGCACCCAUAGGGACAGAAGUGGUGGCACCCGUGGAGAUAUCAGUGGUAGAACCCAUGGGGAUGUCGCUGGUGGCACCCAUGGAGACAUGGGUGGUGGCACCCAUAGGGACAGAAGUGGUGGCACCCGUGGAGAUAUCAGUGGUAGAACCCAUGGGGAUGUCGCUGGUGGCACCCAUGGAGACGUAGGUGGUGGCACCCAUGGGGACGUCAGUGGUGGCACCCAUGGGGACAUCCAUGGUAGAACCCAUGGGGACAUCCAUGGGGACGCCCGUGGCCGUGAUGGGACUCACGGGGACCUCCAAUGUGACACCCCUGGCCAUGGGGACCUCCAAGACGACACCCUUGGUGACGCCCCCGAGGACAUGGGCAUUGACACCCCCAGGGACGUCCCAGGUGACUCCCUUGGGGACCUCCAAGGUGGCACCCACCAGGACCUCCAGGACGCCUCCCGUGGGGACCUCGGUGAUGCCACCCCCGGGGAUGGCCUUGCCCUGCCCGCCUCCACCACCUCGGGGAGCCGCCACAAGUGUCCCCCCCGCGCCACCACCGGCCCCACCCCGGCCCCACCCACCGCCCCUGGAGGUGGUGGCCCCAGGUCCAGAGGUGCCACCAGCGCCAUGGAUGUGACCGCCACCUCCGGAGGUGCCACCACCAGGUCCAGAAGCGCCACCACCACCAGGUCCAGAGGUGCCACCGCCACGACGGCUGCACCCACCACCUCCAGAGGUGCCACCGCCACCAGGUCCAGAGGUGCCACCGCCAUGUCCGGAGGUGCCACCGCCACCAGGUCCAGAGGUGCCACCACCACCAGGUCCAGAGGUGCCACCACCGCCGCGUCUGGAGGCACUGCCACCACGACAGAUGCAUCCAAAGCAUCCGGAGAUGCCACCACCCUGGUGGACACGUCCAAACCAUCUCGAGGUGCCACCGCCAAGUCCGGAGGUGCCACCGCCACCAGGUCCAGAGGUGCCACCACCACUAGGUCUAGAGGUGCCACCACCACCACGUCUGGAGGCACUGCCACCACGACAGAUGCGUCCAAAGCAUCAGGAGAUGCCACCACCACGGUGGACACAUCCAAACCAGCUGGAGGUGCCACCAGCACUCGGUCCAGAGGUGCCACCACCACCAGGUCCAGAGGUGCCACCACCACGAGAGCUGCAUCCAAAGCAUCUGGAGAUGCCACCGCUACGAUAACCGUGUCCAAAGGACCUGGAGGUUCCACCGCCACCGUCCCUGGCAGUGCCACCACCACCACCAUGGACGCAUCCGAAGCACCCGGAGAUGCCACCACCGCCACCACCAUGGACGCAUCCGAAGCACCCGGAGAUGCCACCACCACCACCAUGGACACAUCCGAAGCACCUGGAGAUGCUGCCACCACCACCACAUCCGCAUCCAAAGCACCCGGAGAUGCCACCACCACCACAUCUGCAUCCAAAGCACCCGGAGAUGCCACCAGAGCCGCAUCCAAAGCACUUGGAGAUGCCACCACCGCCGCCACGGACGCCCCCUGCUCCGCCUGCCCCCGCCCCGCUCCCCCUUUCCCCUGCGCCGCCUGCCCCAAGUCCUACGGCACCCUCUCCAAGCUGACCAUCCACCAACGCGCCCACACGGGCGAACGUCCCUUUUCCUGCCCGGAUUGUCCCAAAUCUUUCGCCGACCCUUCCGUUUACCGCAAACACCGGCGGGGCCACGACGGGCUGCGGCCCCACCGUUGCGCCGCCUGCCCCAAAGCCUACGCCGAGCGCAAGGACCUGCGUAACCACCAACGCAGCCACACGGGCGAGCGGCCCUUCCUCUGCGCCGAGUGCGGCAAGAGCUUCGGCCGCUCCUCCUCCCUCGCGUGCCACCAGCGCAUCCACGCUCCCCGCAAACCCUACGCCUGCGGCACCUGCGGGAAGUCCUUCACCCAACUCUCCUCUUUCCAAAGCCACCAACGCGUCCACACCGGGGAACGGCCCUACCUCUGCCCGCAGUGCGGGAGGAUGUUCUCCGACCCUUCCAGCUACCGCCGUCACCAACGCGCCCACCAGGGCCUCAAACCUUACAGCUGCGGCGAGUGCGGCAAAGCUUUCCGGCAGCCGGCGGAUCUGGCGGUGCAUCGGCGGACCCACACCGGGGAACGGCCCUGGCGGUGCGGCGAGUGCGGCAAAGCUUUCGUGGCUUCCUGGGACCUCAAGCGACACCGGUUGACCCACACCGGGGAGAGGCCCUGGCGGUGCGGGGAGUGCGGGAAGGGGUUUUGGGAGAGGGCGGCGCUGGGCAAGCACCGGCGGACCCACUCCGGCGAGAGGCCCUACGCCUGCGGGCGCUGCGGGAAGGGCUUCGGCGGGGCCUCGGGGCUGCGCAAGCACGAGAGGACGCACGGGAAGAGGGAGGGGGAAGGCGGGGACAACGUGGCCGCCGGCGGUGGCCUCACCGUGGCCGUCGGAGGUGGCCUCAACAUGGCCGCCGGACCCGGCCUCGGUAUUGCCGGAGGUGGUCAGGGCAUGGCCAGCAGACUUGGCCAUGAUUUGGCUGCUGGAGCUGGCCACAAUAUGGCUGCCAGAGCUGGCCAUGGGAUGGUUGGCGGAGCUGGGCAUGACGUGGGUGGUCAGCCUAGCCACAUUAUGGCCACCAGCGUUGGCCAAGGGAUGGCCACCGGCGCUGGGCAUGACGUGGGUGGUCAGCCUGGCCACGGUAUGGCCACCAGCGUUGGCCAAGGGAUGGCCACUGGCGCUGGGCAUGACAUAGGUGGUCAGCCUAGCCACAUUAUGGCCACCAGCGUUGGCCAGGGGAUGGCCACCAGUGCUGGGCAUGACAUGGGUAGUCAACCGGGCCAUGGUAUGGCCACCAGCGCUGGUCACGGCAUGGCCGAUGGCACUGGGCAUGACGUGGGUGGUCAGACUGGCCACAUGAUGGCCAGCAGCGUUGGCUACGGCAUGGCUGUUGGCAUCGGGCACGACAUGGGUGCCCAACCUGGCCACAACCUGGCUGCUGGAGCUGGCCACAAUAUGGCCACUGGACUUGGCCACGACAUGGCCAACCCAGCUGGCCACCAAGCUGGCCAUGAGGUGGCCGCCUCUACUGGCGAGGACGUGGCCGCUGGACUCGGCCACAGCGUGGCCACCAAUUCUGGAGCGGGGGCCGCCGGAACAGCCGUGGGCUGCGGAGGCCCCAACAUGGCGGCCCCCAUUGGCCAACCCAACAUGGCGGCCCCCAUUGGGGAACCCAACAUGGCGGCCCCCGUGGGAGCCGCGGGGGUGUGCCUGGGCACGGGGGGCGUGGCUUUAGCGGGCCCCGCCCCUCCGGAGCCCCGCCCCUUCGCCUGCCCCCUUUGCCCCAAGCGUUUUGGGGCGAGGGCGGGGCUCCGCAAGCACGAGCGCCGCCACGGCCCCGCCCCCUGCCCGCAGGCCCCGCCCACGCCGUGACCACGCCCCCCCUUUGCCGCCGAGGGGGCGGGUUAAUCGAGGGAGCGGAACCAAUCGAGGGGCGGCUCUUCCCUGUGGCCCCGCCCCUUUUGGGUGUUAAUGGCAAAUAAAAGGCCGAGU